AUGCCACCUAAGAAGAAGACCGCAGCAGCCGAAGGCGGCGCAUUCCGCUGGACGCUGGAGAACGAGAAAAAGCUCCUCAUCCUGACACAAGGACGCUACCUCACAGCCGAAGACUACGAGCGUAUUGUCGGCGUGUUUCCUGGCACCUCUAUCAAAGGCGUCCAAGUUCGCGUCUCACUCCUCCGCGUCGAACAACGCAAACUCUACGAAGAAUACGGCUGGACACUACCCGAAGGCGGCGCUAAAGCAAAGACGCCCGUUACUACACCGCGCAAGACACCCAACAACAAGACAACCAGUGGCAAGAAACGUGGCGCUGGUAUUCUCGAGGGCGAUGGAGGUGAUGGUGAGGGUGUAGAGGAAGAGGAUGUGGCUACGCCGAGUAAGAAACCGCGUGCCAAAAAGGCUAAGACCAAGAGCAAGAAGGAGGAGAGUGUUGAGGAUGCGGUUGAAGAAGAUGGUAGUGAAGGAGGUGGUGACGGAAAGUGUGUUGGUGUCAAAGAGGAGGUUCUUGAUGAGGAGCUUGAUGAGAUGGUUUAG